AUGGACCUUAUGGGUGGUGUUGCAAUGUGUUUUGGAGUUGUAAGGCUGCUCUCUGUGCCGUGGGUCUGGAGCCUCCUGGCAGUGUGGGGGCUCUGCAUGACCUGCAGGGGCUCCUGGAGGUUCCUCUAUAUCGCUCUCUGCACCAUAAAGAGAGAUCUCAUGUGUCUGUAUGUUAUCCUGCGUGUGAGGUUCUCCAUGUACCGGAACCUGCGGAACAGCAGCACCAUCCCUGCCCUGUUUGCCCAGAUGGUGGCGCUACACCCAGACAAGCCUGCCCUGAUCUAUGAGGCCACAGGAGAGGUGUGGAGUUUCAAGGAACUGGCGGAGCGAUGCCAUGCUGUUGCCCAUUGGGCAUUGGCACAAGGCUGGAGUGAAGGAGAUGUAGUGGCCUUAUACCUGGAAAGUCGCCCGUCAUUGGUGGCUCUCUGGUUGGGUCUCGCUAUGGUUGGUGUAGAGGCUGCACUCAUCAACCACAAUCUGUGUCGCAGUUCACUGCUGCACUGUAUCGGUGUAUCUGGGGCUCGGGCGAUAGUGUUUGGGACAGAGCUCACUGAAGGUUUAGCAGAGGUGCAUGAUUCUCUGGAGCCGUCCAUGGUUUUGUUCAGCAGUGGUGACCAAGGUGAUGAAGACAAGAUGUCCGGCCUUUCAGCACAGAGUCUGGAUGCCCUGCUGGCCCGCUGUCCCACAGACCCUCCACAAUACAAACUCAGGAAGAGCUUCAAUGACAAACUGUUCUACAUCUACACCUCUGGAACAACAGGGAUGCCAAAGGCGGCCAUAGUGGUACACAGUCGGUAUUACCGCAUCGCUGCCUUUGGUUUCCACUCCUUUGGACUGCGGAAUGAUGACGUCAUCUAUAAUUGCCUCCCACUCUACCACUCUGCAGGUAACAUCAUGGGUGUAGGCCAGUGUUUACUCUUUGGUCUGACUGUCGUGGUGAGGAGGAAGUUCUCGGCCAGUCGCUUCUGGGACGACUGUGUCAAAUACAACUGCACUGUAAUCCAAUACAUAGGUGAGAUCUGCCGUUACCUUCUGGCCCAACCUGUGCGUCCGUCUGAGGCACAACACCUGGUGCGUGUUGCCCUGGGUAACGGCCUCCGUCCUUCUGUUUGGACGGAGUUUGUCCAGAGAUUCAGAAUCCGGCGAGUUGGGGAAUUCUACGGAGCGACGGAGUGCAACUGUAGCCUCAUCAACAUCGACGGAAAGGUGGGUGCGUGUGGCUUCAACAGUCGCAUCCUGCCCAGCUUCUACCCCAUCAGACUGGUCCGGGUGCAGGACGAGAGCACAGAGCUGCUCAGGGAUGCUCAGGGGCUCUGCAUACCCUGUCUGCCUGGUGAGCCAGGUGUGUUAGUGGGCCACAUCAAUGAGCGCGAUCCGCUGAGGAGAUUCGACGGCUACGUGGAUCAGGAUUCUACCAGUCAUAAAAUAUCACACAACGUCCUCAGGAUGGGAGACUCUGCUUAUAUCUCAGGUGACGUGAUGGUCAUGGAUGAGUAUGGCUACAUGUAUUUCCGGGACCGCAGCGGGGACACGUUCCGCUGGCGAGGGGAGAACGUCUCCACCACAGAGGUGGAAGGAGUCCUCAGCAGCCUGCUGGGACAGACCGAUGUAGCCGUCUAUGGAGUGUCUGUACCAGGUGUGGAGGGAAAGGCUGGUAUGGCAGCUAUUGCUAACACAGUUGGCCAGUUUGACCAAGACACAUUCUUGCAGGCUGUAAAGAAAGCCCUGCCCUCCUACGCUCACCCUGUGUUCCUCCGCCUCAUGCCACAUGUUGACACUACAGGUACCUUUAAAAUUCGGAAGAUUCGGCUUCAGAAGGAAGGAUACAAUCCACAGUAUUCAAGCGAACAGAUUUAUUUUCUGAAUAGCCGCGCUGGCUGUUAUGAAGCUUUAUCCAGCAAACUAUACAGUGACAUUAUUGAUGGGAAAGUGUGUCUAUAAGAGAGGGGGCAGAGGAAAGAUACAGACUGUUGAGAAGAACAGUGUGCAUUUUAGAGGAAACAGAGAGAGAGAGAGAGAGAGAGAGAGAG